AUGGGAGGAGGCAAAGAAAUUCCCCCUGGUUAUGGCUCCGAAAACAAAGAUGAGACUCCGACCGCAAGCCAAAAUCCUCAUCUCCAGGCUGUGGUUGACUUGGGCAGCAAUGGUAUUCGUUGCUCGAUUUCCGACCUUUCUGCUCCUGUCGCUCGCGUUAUUCCGACAGUCCACUUUCACCGAGUCAACAUCUCUCUUUACGAAGCCCAGGUCGAUCCUGACACCGGCAACCGUAUCCCGAUCCCACGGUCGGUGAUUGACCGAGUUGUCAGUGCCAUCGUCCGAUUUCAAGUCAUAUGCGUGGAAAUUGGCGUCUUGUCCUCCAACGUUCGACUCAUCGCCACUGAGGCUACUCGUACAGCCGUGAACUCUACGGCAUUCACUGAUGCAAUUCGCGAUGCAACGGGCAUCUCCGUUGCGAUGCUACCGAAGGAGCAGGAAGGCAUCGUUGGUGCAUGGGGCAUCGCAAGCAGCUUUUCCGACGUGGAGGGCCUGGCUCUCGACCUUGGCGGGGGGAGCAUGCAAAUGACCUGGAUCAUUUCGCACUCCGGCAACGUGGAAAUUAGCCCGCAGGGAUCUGUCAGCUUUCCAUACGGAGCCGCAGCUUUGACCCAGAAACUUGCCGAUUUAAAACGAGGGAAAAGCAAGGAAGAGGCUCGAAAAGCCAAGGAACACUUCCGCCACGAGAUGGCGAGCGACUUCCGAGCCGCCUUUGAAAAGCUCGAAAUCCCCAAGAGCCUGGUCAAAAAGGCACGGGAACAAGGUGGUUUCCCUUUGUACCUGUCCGGCGGUGGCUUUCGUGGCUGGGGAUACCUACUCCUGUAUCUCCAUCAAACCCGGGGUCAAAGCUACCCUAUCUCUAUCAUCAACGGGUAUUCUGCGCCCAAGGAAGAUUUCGAGAACACCGAUGCUCUUGAGGAAGUGGCUCGGACGGCGCACGAGAUCUUUCGGGUAUCGGAUCGUCGACGGGCACAGGUGCCCUCGGUCGCGUUUCUAGUGAAUGUAUUGGCCGAAUCGUUGCCGCAUGGAAUCAAGGAGGCUCAUUUCUGCCAGGGAGGCGUACGUGAAGGCGUAUUAUUCCGUGAGAUGUUACCAGUGGUUCGUCAGCAAGAUCCUUUGGAAGUAGCCACCAGUCGAUACGCUCCUUCGUCGGCGGACUCACUUUCAGCGUUGAUUCUCGCUGCUCUUCCUCGACCUUCAACCGAUCGGUCGGUCCCGUCUUCACUCAGCGUGCAUCUCAUCCAAGCGUUUGCCAAUGCUCUUUAUGUGCAUUCAACCAUGGCCAAGGAGCUCUCCUCCAGUGCUGCACUUUACAGUACAAGUACGGGAAUUCUCGCCUCGACGCACGGAAUCCCCCACUCACAUCGUGCGCUCUUGGCUUUGAUGCUUCAGGAACGUUACGGCGGAGAGCUCCCACCACGGGAUGUGGAUUUCAAAUCUCAUCUUCAGGGAAUACUCACCCCAGAGGAAGUCUGGUGGACGCGUUAUAUUGGAAAAUUGGGCCUUGUACUGGGUCAACUUUACCCAACUGGGACCAUCGACACAUCCAAGCCACGCAUCGUCCCGUCCGCGAAGUGGGCGAAUGGUCUUGGCACAAAAGGGAACAAGAGUGGCCUGAAGUUGGAAAUCACUAUUCAAAGGGUUCUCUGUGACCCAACACAUCUGAAAGCAGAACUGGAGCACGAUGUGAAGAAGAUUGAGAAGGUAGGGAAACGCAAGAACUGGAUCGGGGGUAGGGAUGGCUGGGGUAUGAGCAUCCUAAUCGAGGUACUGGAAGAGGAGCUUCCUGUGCCACAUGCAUCUGCUACAUGA